GAACAGGAUGUCCGUGCGUUACGAAGCGGCGUCAAGACACGCCCGUUUGUCUUGCCACUCUGCCUUCAACUCCCUAUGGUUGUCAAAGAAACGAGAGUCCAUUGACGUUAUCAGCGACCUCGUUGUACGUUCUACCACAGGCAGGUAGAGGGUAGCCAUCAAAACACCAACCUGCAAUCAAUGUGCAGGUAAAACAGAAAGGACGAUAGAGCCAAACUUCGUAUUUAAAAAGUUGGAGCUACAAAUAACAGUACAGUGCGCAUUGAUAUGGCGAAGGUAUUAUCACUAAGUAAUGGAAAGAAGAUCCCCCAAAUAGGACUUGGGACAUCAAGGAUUCCAAAAGAUAUCUUAGAAGAUACAGUAUGCCUGGCAAUUGAGAAAGGGUAUCGCCAUUUUGACACAGCGUUUGCUUACUACAACGAAGUUGAAAUAGGAAAUGCACUCAAACGGAAGUUUGAAGACGGGACGGUGAAAAGGGAUGAGUUGUUUGUUACAUCAAAGCUGAGUAGCCAGUACCAGGCGGAGGAGGACGUGUGUCCCGCCUGUACCGAGAGUCUCCGCCGGCUCCAACUCGACUACGUUGAUUUGUUUCUCAUCCACUCGCCACUUUCUCUCAAGAACCCAGGAUAUUUUGCCACAAAACCUGUUGACACAGCUUAUCUGGAACGGGACUUGAAGUUAACCUGGCGGGCGAUGGAGGAAUUGGUGUUUUCGGGAAAGGCUAAAUCAAUAGGUCUGUCAAAUUUCAAUUCACAGCAAAUUGAUUACAUCUCUCAAGGGGCAAGGAUCAAGCCAGUUAUGAAUCAAGUCGAGCUUAACAUCCGUUUUCCACAGUAUCAACUUGAGCGGUUCUGUGCAGAACGAGGCAUCCUUCUAACGGCGUACGCUCCUAUGGGAGCACCCGGUCAUCCCAAACUGCUAAAUACCAAGGAUAAAGUACCGUUACUUAUGGAUCCUAACAUCAUCAAAUUAGCAGAAAAAUAUGGGAAGAACCAAGGUCAGAUUUUACUCAAAAGUCUGGUAGAAAGGAAUGUAGUCCUGAUUCCUAUGUCGACAAAUCCUGACCGACUAACUUCUAAUUUACAGCUGUAUGAUUUCGAGCUAAGCAAGGAAGACUCCAAACUUAUUGCUGGUUUAGAAGAUGGUAUACGGCACUUCCGGCGUCCCACGCGUGAAGAUCACCCGGAUUAUCCUUUCCUAAUAUCUUUUUAAUGUUGUUCCUUGAUAAAGCAUGCCAAAAUUCCCUUAACAUACAAAGACACUAUCUUUAACAAGUUUUAUAUAAAGUAAAAUCUAUAUAUCUUUGCUUUCAUGCCUUUUUAAAGAAAAAAGUACACAUAUGUAU